UAUCACAGUAGUGUGUGAAAUGCGGCGCUGAAUGUCCUUCUACAGCUCUUUGGAUGCGCAAUGUGCAUUAGUAGCUUUUGGAUGUAGUUAUUCUAUGAAUUAUUGUGUUAGGUAUCUUUUUUUAAUUUUUUAUCCAUAAAAGGGUUAGCAAUCUCUUGAAUAAACGGUUAGACAGCUUUUAGUAGUCCAUCGGAGACCGUUGACUGAGUGAUCUGACAGCCAGGCCGGAUUGAAGCUAGCAGUAGCUGUCAGUGCGCGAAUCAAAGUUCCUAGCUGGCUAACUAGCAUGUUCGGCUAGUGGGGUUGGUCAGCAAUCAGGACAGGUUUGCACGGAUCGAGAAACAUGGUGCCUUUGGAUAAGUGAAGAAGAGAGACGGGGCACCAAAACCAGUGUGGACAGGACUCCGGUACACUGGUUGCGGCUACAGUCUGAAGCUGGACCAGAGGGACCCACCCAGACUCAGAAGUGGCUGACCACUGCCCAAUUACGACCAGGCACUGUGCUGGCUGGCUGGUCUCAGAGCAGAACAGAGAAGGAAGCCCCUUAGGAGGUUGAUGUAAAGGGGUUGUUGGAGGCUCUGUGGGCAUUCUACUUAAAUGUCAAUCAGAAGAGCAGAAGGGAUGUCCAUCGCCCAGGCCUUGGCCAUGACUGUGGCCGAGAUCCCCGUGUUUCUCUACUCCACCUUUGGGCAGUCCAUAUUCUCUCAGCUGAAGCUUUCUCCCAGUCUGAAGAAGGUGCUGUUCGCCACAGCUCUGGGGAGUGUAGCCCUGGCCCUCACCGCCCACCACAUGAAGAGACGCGGCAGGAAAAGGAAACAGGCAACCGCUGCGAAAGAUGAGCAGAAGCAGGUGGGAAUACCAGAGGCGUUGAUCCGGUCAGGGAGACCGUCAUCUCUGAGGAGAGGUGGUCCGUUUCCCGGGCGACAGAUGAUGAGCCCCAGCACACGGAGCAACGAAACCAUGAGCGGCAUCUCUUCACUGGCUCCCAGCAAACACUCAAGCUCCUCCCACAGCAUAGCCUCUAUGCGAGUCCCGACUUCUCCGAACCAGUCGGCCAAUCCGUCGACUCCCUGGGAGGCAGAGCCUGUGGAGGAGGAGUCGGGAGCCAUGGGGGACGCAAACGCAGAGAACCUGUACAUCACUGGCAUGGAGCUGUUUGAGGAGGCCCUUCAGAAGUGGGAGCAGGCCCUGAACAUCCGGCACCGCACCCACUCCAAUGCCUCCAAAGCCAGUACMAGCCUAGCCCUGGAGGGCGCAGCGGCCUGCCCCAACCUGCCCACGGUAUGCCACAGAACUAUCGCGCACUCAACGUCUGAGUCGCAUAACAAGGUCUUUGCCGAGAAGCUGGAGACCCUCCUGCACAGGGCCUACCACCUACAGGAGGACUUUGGCGCCACCAUUCCCCCAGAUAGCCUGCUGGCAGACUUUGAGAGUGAGGGAACACUCAUCCUGCCAAACUUGGAGAGUAGAAUGUGUGAAGACGACGCCACUACUAUCACUUCUGACGAUUCCUUCUUCUCAGCGGCAGAACUGUUUGACAACCUGUCUCUGGAGGUGUGUCAGCCUCUGAGGCCCGCUGCUCUUUACGACGAGGCUUUGUCACUGGUCCAGGACGGCAGCGUGCCCUGUCGAGAGCUCCGAACUGAGCUGCUAGAAUGCUACGGCGACCAAGACUUCCUAGCCAAGCUCCACUGUGUGAGACAAGCCUUCCAGGUUUUGUUGCUGGAUGAAAUUCACCGGACGUUCUUCAUGGAGACCGGCAAGCAGAUGAUCACAGGACUCAUGACCAAGGCAAACAAGAGUCCCAAAGCCUUCCUGGAAACCUAUGAGGACAUGCUUCUCUACACCCAGAGAGAGGAGACCUGGCCAGUCAGCAGGAUGGAACUGGAGGGGCGAGGGGUGGUGGUUAUGAACUUCUUUGACAUCGUGCUGGACUUCAUCCUGAUGGAUGCCUUUGAUGACCUGGAGAGCCCGCCCUCGUCCGUUGUGGCAGUGCUCAGGAACCGUUGGCUCUCUGACAGCUUCAAGGAGACGGCUCUGGCUACUGCGUGCUGGUCCGUUCUGAAGGCCAAGCGGCGUCUGUUGAUGGUUCCAGACGGCUUCAUCUCCCACUUCUACGCCAUAUCAGAACAGGUCAGCCCCGUACUGGCCUUUGGCUUCCUGGGGCCGCGACAGCACCUCAGUGAGGUGUGCACCAUCUUCAAACAACAAAUAGUGCAGUACCUGAAAGAUAUGUUUGACCACGACAAGGUGCGCUUCACCUCGGCCCAAUCGUUAGCCGAGGACAUUCUGAGCCUGUCCCACCGCCGCAGUGACAUCCUGCUGGGCUACCUGGGCAUUGACAGCCUGCUGGAGCCCAAUGGAACUCUACCCCAAGGAGACACAGAACCGGGCCCCAGCCCCUCCAACCACCACUGAGACAUGGGUAGAGUUCAUUAGGGAUGUUAUGAAACGGGGAGGUACUACAUGAAUUUGUCCAAUAAGAACAUUGAUUUUCAUUUUCAGUUAGAAAGUGGUUUGCUACUGUGUGGCAUAAUGAAUAUGACCCUGUAUCUGACUUAGCUGGAAUGGUCAAAGCCGGACUUAACAGGCAAGAUUUAGGAGGGUUGUUCUUCACAUGCUUGAACUGCAGCAUCACCCAGUCAGUCUGUGGUACUGCACCCUAAACAUAACAGCCACCAAUCGAACAGAACCCUACUUGUGUUGGACCUUACGUGAAAGAGGGAUGUUUUUGUUCUAGCUCUCCCCUUACAUUUUAUCAUCUGAGUUGUAUAUCAGUCAAUACUAGUAAUCCCUUUUUCCCAAUGUGUGAAGAACCAACAACCAACCGGCAAGAAAAUGUUUGUUGUGUCUAUGUAUGGAUGGAUGUACUGUAAGUGUGUGUUCUGAGGGAGGGGAUCCGAACCGAUCCCCUCUUUAUUAUCCCGACACCCUUGGCCAAUUUGAAGGCGUGCCCUGAGACGUGAUGUCAUAGUCUGCUGCAGGACUCGUUGCUUCCGUCUCCUCUAUCCAUUGAUUGAUCAUCCAUUUCAUUUAUCGUAUUUAUUCCAAUCGUGUUAGGCGCCGUAUUGAUGAAAAAAAAGCGCCUAUUCAUUCAAGAGAAUGUGUAAUACAAAUGUCUAAUACUGUACGUAAGGUCAGGCAGGGCAUUGAACAGUCAUCAACUUGUAUGUACAGAAAAAGUGCACCGAUAUUCCUAUCUUGUCCUCAUACUUGAAAUGGUCAGUAUCGAGGUACUGUGGGGGUAAAAAAAGAUGCCAAGCAGGGGGAUACCACCCCAGAAAUCCUAAUAUACUGUAGCAUAUACCUCUGUGACAAACUGACGUGUGACAAUGCAGGCUGAAUUUAGGUUACGCUUGGAGAACAGGAAAUACACUACCGUUCAAAAGUUUGGAGUCACUUAAUGUCCUUUUUUGUUUCCAUUAAAAU